CGUAAUCCGCAGCUAGACAAACAUAUAGGUGUGUACACAGGUACAAACCCCCUUUUCUGACCGACUUUUGGCAGAAUACGAGGCGGCGAGCAGGAAAAGCAGAUGAGUUGAGUUCGAAAAGCCAAUCGAAAAGGUUGUUUUUUAAGAAACCUGAAUGGAUCUUAACGCUCGGAAUCGGUAGCUCAGUCUGUCGUCGAACGUUGUGCCUGGAGCAAUUAAAUUUUGGAGUACGGAUACGUGGGUCGUCCGCCAGUCGCCCAGGUUCAUCGACAUGCUGGCCUGCAUCAUUUUAAGCGGCUGGCUGCUAUUGGCUUGGAUGUACUUCCUGUGGAGCCGGCGAAGGUAUUAUAAAGUCGCAUGGCAGUUGCGCGGACCCAUUGGCUGGCCCCUAAUAGGCAUGGGCUUACAAAUGAUGAACCCGGAGACCUUUUUGCAGUACAUGGAUGGUCUGUCGCGACAGUUUAAAGCGCCUUUCAUCUCCUGGAUGGGCACCAGUUGUUUCCUCUACAUCAACGAUCCGCACAGCGUGGAGCAGAUAUUCAACUCGACGCACUGCACCAAUAAGGGCGAUUUCUAUCGAUUCAUGAGCUCGGCCAUUGGGGACGGACUGUUUACGUCCAGUUCGCCACGUUGGCACAAACAUCGUCGCCUCAUUAAUCCCGCCUUUGGUCGCCAGAUUCUCAGCAACUUCCUGCCCAUUUUCAAUGCCGAAGCGGAGGUGCUUCUGCAGAAGCUGGAGCUCGAGGGUGUGCAGCACGGUAAGCGGCUGGAAAUCUACCAAAUCCUCAAGAAAAUCGUUUUGGAAGCAGCUUGCCAGACAACGAUGGGCAAGAAAAUGAACUUUCAGCACGACGGAUCUAUGGCCAUAUUUAAAGCUUAUAAUGGCUUGACGGAAGUGUGUGUAAAACGAAUGCUAUCCCCCUGGCUUUAUCCGGACUUAAUAUAUCGUCGUUCCGGACUUUUCCGCCUGCAGCAAAAGGUCGUCGGCAUACUUUUUGGGUUUAUAGAACAGCUUCUCGAACCCAUAGUCUCGGUGAUGGCCGCCAAUGCCAAUCCGGAGCAGCAGCGAUCCGAGCUGGAGAUGAGGGGCAAGUCCAAAGCCAUUUUCAUUGAGCAGGUGCGUGAGCAUGUGGAGCGCGGUCAGCUGAGUUGGCAGGAUGUGAGGGAUGAGGCGAAUGUGACCAUUGCAGCGACUUUCGAGACCACAUCGACGGCCUUGUACUUUACCAUCCUCUGCCUGGCGAUGCAUCCCUGCUACCAAGAGAAGCUGCACCAGGAACUGGUCACAGAGCUGUCGCCAACUGGCGACAUAUCCUUGGAGCAGCUCCAGCGACUGGAGUACACCGAAAUGGUGAUCAACGAGGCCAUGCGGCUGUUUGCUCCAGUGCCCAUGGUGCUGCGUUCAGCGGAUCAGGACAUCCAGCUGAAGCGCGACGACGGGGAAUUCCUCAUUCCGCGUGGCACCCAGAUCGGCAUCGAUAUCUACAACAUGCAGCGGGAUGAGCGGGUGUGGGGACCACUUUCGCGUACCUACAAUCCGGAGGCGCAUUUCGGAACGGAUUCGCCUCAGAGGCACGCCUUCGCCUUCGUUCCCUUCACCAAGGGAUUGCGCAUGUGCAUCGGCUAUCGAUAUGCCCAAAUGCUGAUGAAAUUGCUGCUGGCCAGGAUCUUUCGCAGCUAUCGAAUCAGCACGGAGGCCCGCUUGGAGGAGCUACUGGUCAAGGGUAAUAUCUCCCUGAAGCUUAAGGAUUACCCGCUGUGCCGCGUGGAGCGGAGAUAACUGAAAGGGUCGUAUGCCCCACAACUGGCUGGUGUAAUUUUUCAAUUAAAAGUGCCAUUUUUGUUGCAUUUUCCCAUCGUA